UGCUCGCUAGCCGCUCCUGGGGUGAGGCAGUACCUCCAACGCUCUUGCCUUAUUCUCCUCCUCCUCCUUCUCGUAUCAUCUUCUGCCUCCACUUCUUUGCUUGACAAGGGAAGACAAUCUCUCUUCUGGCGGAACCGAGAUUGACACCGUUCCCUUCUUCACGAGUGAUGUUGACAGUCGUUCACACUCUUCCCCUGGGCAGGACGCGUGUUGAAGGACGGCCAGCACCAUGUGGACGGAGGUGGCGGCCGCGUUGGUGCUGCUGGUGAUGGGGCUCAGGGUGUGGUACAGGUGGCAGGCCGGCGUGUGUGGCUCCAAGGCGUCCCUGGAGGGCAAGACUGUCGUCAUCACCGGGGCCUCGGCAGGCAUCGGCAAGGAGGCGGCGAAGGACCUGGUGAGCCGAGGGGCGCGUGUGAUCAUGGCCUGCAGGAAUGUGGAGAAGGCGGAGAGGGCGGCGGCCGAGGUGAGGAUACACGCGCGUGGCAAGGGGGAGGCUGUGGUGCGUCAGGUGGACACGUCUGACCUCGCCUCCGUCAGACGCUUCGCCGCUAGGAUCUUGAAGGAGGAGGAGAGGCUGCACUUGUUGAUCAACAACGCAGGUAUCGUCGGUCCCCCCACGAGAGAGGUGACGAAGGAUGGCCUUGAGCUCACCAUGGCAACCAACCACUACGGCCACUUCCUCCUCACCAACCUGCUCCUCGGCCUCAUCAAGCGCAGCGCCCCGAGUCGCAUCGUCAUCCUCACCUCGGACAGCCACGACGAGGUCACCAAACUCAACCCCGACUGCCUUAACUUCGAGCACGACCACUACUCCUCCUUCACGGCGUACGGCCAGUCCAAGCUCUGCAACAUCCUCUUCACGCUCGAGCUGACCAACAAGCUGCAGGGGACAGGCGUGACCGCUAACUGCGUCCACCCUGGAGGCGUGACCACCGAGAUCUUCUACAAGGGCGACGUGACGUGGAAGCUGUGGAUGUGGGGCAAGAUUAUCUACCUCAUGGGGAAGGACGCAACACAAGGGGCCCAGACCAUCCUGCACGCCGCUGUGUCUGAAGAGCUGGAAGGAGUCAGUGGCAAAUACCUCGUCGACUGCAAGGAGGCCCAAACAACGGAUCUGGGCCGCUCACAGAAGUUGGCCAAGCAGGUGUGGGAGGCCAGCGAGGUGGACGUGAAGCUGCAGGCGGGGGAGAAGCACUACUAGACGGAGGACACGUGACGGACAGAUGGACGGGAGGAGCCACGGACGGGAAAACUGGCAUACACGGACACGGACGGAGAUGAAAGGGACUAUACAAACGUGAUAAAAAGAGGAAGUAGAGAGGAAAGAGAAGCAUUACCAGGCGAGACGACACGGGACGGACAGAUGGACGGGAGGAGCCACGGACGGGAAAACUGGCAUACACAUUAUCAGGCGGGACGACAUAAACGGGAAAACUUGCAUACACGGACACGGACGGAGAUAAAAGGGUCUGUACGGGCGUGAGAAGAGGAGGAAGAACUGAAGGGAGACGGACGGGAAACCUUGCAUACACGGACACAGACGAAGAUGAACGGACUAUAUAGACGCGAGACGAGGAGGAAGUAUAGAAGGAAGAGAGAAGCACUACCAGACAGGAGGAAACUGGAAAAAUAAAUAAUGGAAGUAAUAAAAAAAAAAAGAUAAAGAAACUGAUGAGAAUGAAUGAAGGACUUGAGAAAGGAAAAUAAACAGUAAAUGGGAAUGAAGAUUUUUUAAGGUGAAAUGAUAAAAGAAGAUUGAAACUUUAUUUUAUCUCUCAGAGUCAUUUGAUAUUUACAGAGGGACGGAAAUAUCGCGCAAAAUCUUAAUAGUAAGUAGCAGAAGUUAUUGAUAAAAUGUUAAUUGUGUUUGUAAAUUAUUUCUUUAUGACACUUCAAAAUAACUAACUUCUCUUAUUCUUUUUUUCUUGUUUCUGUUUAUUCUGUUUCUUGUAAUAUGAGAUCGAGAGGCUUACUUUGCGUAGUUUUGAUGUGCGCUUGUAUGUAUGUUGUGGUGUGUGCAUGUUUUCGUGUUAUGGCAUAGGCAAAUAUUUUUAUAGUAGCGCCGCCUUGCUUGGCUCAUGCUUCCCCCCCCCGCCUCCCCCCCGAGCUCAUCUUUUUAGAGAGAAUCUAAAGUCCGGGUUGAUAGAUAGUCUUCAGGACAGCAUGUGGUAGUCAAAUUUUCCUACCCAUCCUUGUCCCACCCCGCCUUCUCAUGUUUAUCCGUUUUCCCUCUAUAAAAUGAUUUUUGUACUAACAUUCCUCACUGAAGAUGGUGGCAACGUCCAUCGAAACUUUUUGGUAAAUAAACAUCUUUCGUCUGCAA